CCGUUCCUCGAACCUUCAGUAUCCGUCAACCACACACAACUAAUUAGCAUAGUAAAAACAGCUUCUCUACAACCAUGGCCACCACAUCUUCUCUUGCGUCUCUUAGCUCCUCCAUAUCCCCUUUCACUGGCUCAAAAACCUCCACCAAUCAGCCUCAUACAUCACCAUCUCGUGUCAGCUUCCGCCCUUUUCGAGUAUGCGCCGCCUGCGCUACCACCGCCGAGAGACCCACGUCAUACACUGCGACACCAACAUCAGCAUCGUCUCUCUACGAAGUUCUUGGGAUUCAAAUGGGUGCCACGUGUACAGAGAUCAAGACUGCUUAUCGAAGACUAGCAAGAGUUUUGCAUCCUGAUGUUGCAGCUAACGGUAGAAGGGAGGACACCGCUUAUGAGUUCAUAAGAGUCCAUGAAGCUUACGAAACUCUGUCCGAUCCUGAAAAACGGGCAGAUUAUGAUCGCUCCCUUUACAGACGAGGAAGGCAAAUGAGCUCUCCGUUUGUAAUGUCCGCUGCUACUGCAACAACAAUGGCAACAGGUUAUGCACCUGCUGGAUUUUCUGGCUAUACAAGGCGGAGAUGGGAAACUGAUCAGUGCUGGUAGAUGGGAAAACAGGCCGUAAAAUUAUAGAUCAGGAUCGAUUUUAGCCCCUUAGAUUGCUAGAUGAAAUAGUAAGAUACAGUAUUGAUCCCCAAUUCCUCACAUUUUGGGGAUCAUUUAGUGUUGUAAAUAGUCAAGAUUGGACCUCAAUCUCUUGUACCAUUGUCCCAAGGCGGCAUUUUUUCAGCCUGGAAUUAUUAAUUCUCACUUAUGCUAA